AGAAGAAGAAGAAGACGGAGUAGUGGUAGUGGUGGUGGUGGUGGUGGUGGUAGUAGGAAGUGUUUAGUAAAGGCUGGGUGUAGCGCGCUUUGGAGACCACAGUUUCGUUUUUAGCUGCUGUCUACCGAAUGUCGGUAAUUCAGACCCACGACAGCUUCUUGGUACAAACCGAGCCCCUGCGGUUCUGAGUCUUGUUCAGGUGUUCCGGGUCUUGGUGGUACUUUCUGGAGGCCCGAGAGAAGAGACGCACUGACGGACACCAGCCGUCAUGUCGCGGGGGUCAGUGCCGUGUUUCUCCGCUCGCCUGACUCUGCUCGCCCCGAACCUUUAAGCCGAAAAACAGCCAGAAAACAAGCCGUCUGGUAGGCGGACGGAGGUCAGACGGACGGGCCGACUCCGGCUGGUCCAGCAUGGCCGACAGCGUCGGAGAAGAGUCGGAUGGCGGGUUCCCCAGCCAGCCGGGAGGACCUUCGACAACCAGCGUCCCCACUUCCGCCUCCCCGGCGGCCGCCCCUCCUCCCGCCGCGGCCGCGGCAGUGACGGCCAUCCCGGCCGGCUUCGGAGAGAGCCUGAGCCCUGGCACGCCGCCGGUCAUGGCCGUGUCCCCCAGCGUACUCCCGGGCGUCGGGCUGGGAGUCAGCGGGGCUGGCCUCCUGUCCCAGAUCCACGCCACGUCCUGGGACCCGACCCUCAGCACGGACUGGGAUAACGAGAAGGCUUCCCAGCAGUGUAUUCUCCGGAUCAAGAGAGAUAUCAUGUCCAUCUACAAAGAGCCGCCUCCUGGGAUGUUCGUUGUCCCUGACCCCCAAGAUAUGACCAAGAUCCAUGCUCUCAUCACAGGACCGUUCGACACGCCGUAUGAGGGUGGUUUCUUUCUCUUCCUGUUCCGUUGCCCCCCUGACUACCCCAUCCACCCUCCUCGAGUGAAGCUGAUCACCACAGGGCACAACACGGUGCGAUUCAACCCCAACUUCUACCGCAACGGAAAGGUGUGCCUCAGCAUCCUGGGGACGUGGACUGGCCCAGCGUGGAGUCCAGCUCAGAGCAUCUCAUCUGUCCUCAUCUCCAUCCAGUCUCUAAUGACUGAGAACCCCUACCACAACGAACCAGGCUUUGAACAGGAGCGCCACCCAGGGGACAGUAAGAACUACAACGAGUGUAUUCGUCAUGAGACCGUGAGGGUGGCCGUCUGUGACAUGCUGGAGGGCAAAAUCCCCUGCCCUGAAGCCCUGUGGAGUGUGAUGGAGAAGUCGUUCUUAGAGUACUAUGACUUCUAUGAGGGAGUCUGUAAGGAGAGGCUACACCUUCAGGGACAGAACAUGCAGGACCCCUUUGGGGAGAAGCGCGGUCGUUUUGACUACCAGGGGCUGUUGGCCCGCCUCAGCGCCACCCACAGGCGAAUACGGGAGAAGACUCCAGCGGAGGAGGAGCAAAAUGAAGAGGAUGACUCGGACUCGGAUGCCAGCUCAUCAGGGACUGACCCUGACAGUCAAGGCAGUUCCCAGCCCUGAACCCCACAACCCAGAACCCAGGAUCAGGGCUCAGCUUGGCCCAGAGGGGCAUCUUUAACACCCAGGCUGGGUGUGAUGGACAGGGCUAACAGCGGAUGCUGAUGGACUGUAGAUGCGGUGUGAUCCAAACAGUUUACAACCCAACAUUAGAGAAUUCAGACUGUCAUUGGCUAACUGGUCUGUUCUACCUUUCCCUUCUGAAAAUCCCGUCUUGUGAAGAAGGUUUAUUGGACACUGGUUCUGACCUGGUUGUCAUCAUGUUAACCAUCCUCUCUAUGUUCACCCUGACACUCAAACAGGAAGAAUUCCUCUGGCUUCAUAAAAACUGUAUGCUACUCUCAGAUCCAGAACAGCAGCCAUUUUGAUGAGGGUCUGAAUCAGAAAAGUUGGAACUAGACUUUGGGAACUUUGCAGCUGAACAUGGAAAACACAUUUUAUCUGAUUUUGCAGACCAGAGCAGCUCUGUGUACUGCCUGGUUUUGUCUUUAGGAACUAUUUUAGGAUGGGAGGAAAGAGAGGUAGCCUCCUUUCUUAAAGGACCUUCUUUUUGUUGAGAGGAUUUGGGAAGGAAACGGAGGUGUUCUCGGUUUUGGGCUGUUAGAUUCAGCUGUCAUGUUUUUACUGGCCCAGAUGUGUUAUGUCUGGGUCAUGGCCUGGUUCUCUACCAUCUGCAGAGCCAGGCUAAACUGGAUCAGGGCCGAGCCACCUGGUCAGACCAUAGGAUCCUUUAGGGUUUAAAGUUGUUGACUGUAAAUAGUGUUUCCUGACUUUCAGCAAAAAAAAAUCUGCCCAGCUGUUUUACAAUUUACAUCACUCAACAAACAGUAACUGUCAGAAGUUGCCACUUUUUAAAGUCAUUCAGCUUUUCUACGGUUUGUUUCUGUUUCUUAUUUUUCUCUCUAGCUCUAAAACAAAUAACUCGUAGUGCACUACUUAAUCUUGGUAUUUCCACAUCCAGCUCUUCUUUGGAUAGAUGGAUAAUCGACGGAGAAGUAAGCCAAACCAUGCCAUGCCAUGUCGAGGAGCUUUCUAGAAGUUUUCAGGGCGUUCUUCCUCGGACAACAAAGUUUUGAGCCCAGUUGACAGGCACUUCCUCCUCUAUUCAGGCAGCACCGCAACAUGUAAAGAUGGAACCUAACAGCUCACAACUAUUAUCACUGGUCAUACCUGUUUCAGUUCCAGCCUUCUUGUCUUUUCCACCUCCCUCCCUUCAAUGACUGCCCUUGAAUUGCCCUCAUAGUGACGCUGAUGGAGAGAUGUCCACCGUUGUCUGGACUGUUGUGGCUUGAGCUGUGAUUGGUUCUAAAGAAUUAGCCUUGUAGUUGAUUUACAGUAGACGGGGCAUUUAACAUCGACAAAACCACUUUUGUUACUUUAUCGACUGCUUAGGAAAAGCAGCGCUCGGCUGAAAAUAUUUUCUCCAGAAUGUUUCUUGGCUGUCCACUUCCUAAAGUGACCGAUUUAGAGCUGAAUAGAUACCCAAACCUCGCUUGGCUUUGACUGUAGAGUUUCUACACACAUCUGGUGUAAAGAAAAAGAAUUUAAUGUUCAGUUCUUGAAAAAAAUGGAUUGUGCAACUGAAGGUCUGGAAAAAAUUACGGAAUAAAAUGUUUUGUCCUGA